GCCGCAGAGCGCCGGGGGCGGGAGGAGUGAACGAAGAAGGCCAUGGCUGCCGCCGGCUGCUAAGGAGCUCGGCCCGCGAGCGCCUGCCGCCGCGGACGAUGGUGACCGCACGGGUCGGGCUGCUGCCGCCUCCGCUGCCGCCGCCUCCCGAGACGCAGCAUCCAAGGCCCGGCGCGGAGAAGCCGCCGCUGUGAGCCGCGCCGUCCCGGCCCCUGCUGCCGCCGCCCGAGAAGAGCGGGAGGGCAGGCGAGCGAGAGAGCCUGGGAGUUGCGGAGCCCUUCUGUCCGCCGGCGGCGCCUCUCCUGGGGAGGGAGGCCGCAGCCUGAGUUGAAAGAUGGCCCUUGUAUGCAGAGUGGAUUCCCAGAGUGGAUGUUUGCUGAUUUGGAGAUGACCAGAAACCACAGAACCGCUAGUAGUUUACGUGGAAAUCAGGAGAUGUGAAUUCUGUUCCCUUUUUGGGUCUGCUCCAAGAAAAAACAUGGCUGCCAAGGAGAAACUGGAGGCAGUGCUGAACGUGGCCCUGCGGGUGCCGAGCAUCAUGCUGCUGGAUGUCCUCUACCGCUGGGAUGUCAGCUCCUUCUUCCAGCAGAUUCAAAGAAGUAGCCUCAAUAACAACCCUCUUUUCCAGUACAAGUAUUUGGCUCUCAAUAUGCAUUAUGUAGGUUAUAUCUUGAGUGUUGUGCUACUAACCUUGCCCAGGCAGCAUCUGGUUCAGCUUUAUCUAUAUUUUUUGACGGCCCUGCUCCUCUAUGCUGGACAUCAAAUCUCCAGGGACUAUGUUAGAAGUGAACUGGAGUCCGCCUAUGAAGGACCAAUGUAUUUAGAACCUCUCUCCAUGAAUCGAUUUACCACAGCCUUAAUAGGUCAGCUGGUGGUGUGUACGUUAUGCUCCUGUGUCAUGAAAACGAAGCAGAUUUGGCUCUUUUCAGCUCACAUGCUUCCUCUGCUAGCACGCCUCUGCCUUGUUCCUCUGGAGACAAUUGUUAUCAUCAACAAAUUUGCUAUGAUUUUUACUGGUCUGGAAGUUCUCUAUUUUCUUGGGUCUAACCUUCUAGUACCUUAUAAUCUUGCCAAGUCUGCAUACAGAGAGUUGGUUCAGGUAGUGGAGGUGUAUGGCCUUCUAGCCUUGGGAAUGUCCCUGUGGAAUCAGCUGGUAGUCCCUGUAUUGUUCAUGGUUUUCUGGCUCGUCUUAUUUGCUCUUCAGAUUUACUCCUAUUUCAGUACUCGAGAUCAGCCUGCCUCACGAGAGAGGCUUCUUUUCCUUUUCCUGACAAGUAUUGCUGAAUGCUGCAGCACUCCUUACUCACUUUUGGGUUUGGUCUUCACGGUUUCUUUUGUUGCCUUGGGUGUUCUGACACUCUGCAAGUUUUACUUGCAGGGUUACCGAGCUUUCAUGAAUGAUCCUGCCAUGAAUCGGGGCAUGACAGAAGGAGUUACGCUGUUAAUCCUGGCGGUGCAGACUGGUCUGAUAGAACUGCAAGUUGUUCACCGGGCAUUCCUGCUCAGUAUUAUCCUUUUCAUUGUUGUAGCUUCUAUUCUCCAGUCUAUGUUAGAGAUUGCAGAUCCUAUUGUUUUGGCGCUGGGAGCAUCUAGAGACAAGAGUUUAUGGAAACACUUCCGUGCGGUGAGCCUUUGUUUAUUUUUACUGGUAUUCCCUGCUUAUAUGGCUUACAUGAUUUGCCAGUUUUUCCACAUGGAUUUUUGGCUUCUUAUCAUUAUUUCUAGCAGCAUUCUCACCUCUCUUCAGGUUCUGGGAACACUUUUUAUUUAUGUCUUAUUUAUGGUCGAGGAAUUCAGAAAAGAGCCAGUAGAAAACAUGGACGAUGUCAUCUACUAUGUGAAUGGCACUUACCGCCUGCUGGAGUUUCUCGUGGCCCUGUGUGUGGUGGCCUAUGGCGUCUCAGAGACCAUCUUUGGAGAAUGGACAGUGAUGGGCUCAAUGAUCAUCUUCAUCCAUUCCUACUAUAAUGUGUGGCUUCGGGCCCAGCUGGGGUGGAAGAGCUUCCUGCUCCGCAGGGACGCUGUGAAUAAGAUUAAAUCAUUACCCAUUGCUACGAAGGAGCAGCUGGAGAAGCACAACGAUAUUUGUGCCAUCUGUUAUCAGGACAUGAAAUCUGCCGUGAUCACACCGUGCAGUCACUUCUUCCACGCAGGCUGCCUCAAAAAGUGGCUGUACGUCCAGGAGACCUGCCCGCUCUGCCACAGCCAGCUCAAGAACGCCUCACAGCUGCCUGGCUUAGGCGCCGAGCCGGCCCCACAGCCUCCCACUGGAGCCGAGCAGCACGUGCUCCAGGGAGGCACUGAAGCCCCGGGCCAGGAGCAGCCUCGGGGGCCUGGGGCACAAGAAGGUUCUAGAGAUAAGGACGAGGGUGUUGCCGGAAAAUCAGAUAGCCAGGAAGGGACUUGUGAGCCCAAGGAAAAUCCUCCUGGUGCAAAAGAUGAAGCUCUUCCUGUUGAGGUCCGCCUAGAAGAGAAGCAGCAGGAGUAGCACUUCCCUCUCCGGAGAUGAAGUUAACUCACAGUAGAGUCCGUGCUCAGAUUUGAAGAGCGAAUGUAUGAGGUGAUUAGGCAGGAAACUUGACAUUCCAAGGAUCUAAUCCAGGAAGUGCUCUCAGUGGAGACCACCUGCUUUCAUCCCCUUGACACUGGGGGAGAAAGUUUGCAGUGUAUGCUAAUCAAAAUGUAUAUAUCCUAUGCUGGUGUUUGGUAGAGGUUUGCCAAGAAGAUUCAACCUCAGGAACUUCAGAAACAGCCCCUGAUUUGUAAGGGAUAAAUGAGAUUUGAGCAUCUGAAAGGGGCUGAAGGAAGGAGGAUGACAAGCAUGAGGACGGCACAGGAGGCAGCAGGCAGAGGUGGAACUGAUCCUUCACUCUACGGAACAGGACCGUUCUUGUUACAGAGUAUGAGUGGUGACCAGCCCUUUUUUCCCGCCCCCUUUCCCCUCAGUUAAUUGGAACUCAGUCAGGUGAUUAUCUGUACAGCACUGAAAUGAAAUCAAAGAUGUAAAAGCAUUGAUUGUAUUCAAAGAUUGAAGCACGCUCAUACUUCGUAUGUGCUUUGGGGGAGGGGGUGGGAGGGCACGUGGGCCUUGCGGGUGCAUUCAUGUAAUCCGAGACUCUUGAACUUUAUGAUGGAGUCUUCAAUAUUUUGAUGUAUAUGAAACUUUUGUUAAUACACUGUAUACUGUGUUGGCUGUGUGAAGUAAACUAAAACUCUAAUGAACACUUUGGAGUCCACGUUAAUGUAGGAGACCAAAGUGGGAAGGGCUUUAGGGCACUGAGAAAGGCCCUGAGUGUACUUUCCAAUCCUGUGUAAUGUUUAAUUCUUGGCAACUGAAUCAAAGCAGUGUUAAAUUAUGGCAAUAUUUGCACUUUGGGAAUGAGUACAUAACGUAUGAUCACACUCUGCAAAUGCCACUUUUAAAUCUGUUAAUAGACUUUGCACCUUUUCUUUGACAAGGAUGUGUCAUAUUUAAAUUUUUACAUUCAUCAUGGCUACAGGUAGAACUAGGGAGGGGGGAAUGUAAUUUUUUAUGGGAAUUUUGAUAUGAAAAGAAACUAGUCAUUUAUUUAUACAAUAGGCUUGGCUCAAAAAGUGUUUUUCAACUUGGUAUUCCUAAUGUGGGAUGUGACUUUAUUUUAUUUUUAGUAGCAGAUUUGGAUGUAGACUGACAUAGCUGAAUGUCUUAAUAAAUUUAAAUUUGAAGAUAA